AUGUGGAAAUCGCCUAUGACAUACAAGCCAGGGCUCGAUCGAGUUGAAGCUUGGCCGGUCGAGUUGAGGAACUCGACCGGAUGGUCGAGUAGGUGGUCGAGCUGGUCUUCAAGAUGGCUUCCUCCUUCUUCCUUUGCGUGUCCAGUUGAGCUGCGUCCAUGCACCAAGUCCUUCCUUGCUCCUCACGUCCCAAUGCUCCAAAGUGCUCCAAAAGACCUAUUUCAAGGACCAAACAUGCACAUGUAUGCAAAUGCAACCUAA